CCAGGGGUCGCCCGGCGCGAGAGGGGGCAAGAUGGCGGCGCCCAUGCUGUCGGCGGCGCGGGCCGGGGCGCGGGCGUUCAGCACCGCUGGUGCACUCUGUAGAAGGACAGCCCCUCGUGGGCCAAUGCCUAAUGAAGAUAUAGAUGUCAGCAAUUUGGAAGCAUUGGAGAAAUAUGAAAGCUUCACGCGCUAUUUCAAAGCAGCUGAAAAAGAGAGUAAGAAGACGCCUUGGUGGAAAACGUACAAGAAGUACAUAGAGUCAGAACAAGAUGAACAUGCAAAGAUAGACAUUGGCCUGCCUCACUAUAAACCGUCACGGUUCCAGGAACUCAAGAUGAGAAAAGAGAUCAUGAAACAGAACCGCCAGAACAUGGAAAUGGAAAGAGCGUCCCGCCUCAGAACACUGCAGAUUCCACUUGAUGAAGUCAAAGCCGAGUGGGAGAAAUGUAGCGGCCCCUACCACAAGCAACGGGUUGCAGAAUAUUAUGGGAUCUAUCGGGAUCUGUUCAAUGGAGCCACCUUUGUCCCCAGAGUUAUCCUGCGAGUAGAAUACAGCCAAGAUGAUGAGCAUGUUGUACCAGUAUAUCAUGGGAACAUGGUGACACCCACCGAGGCUUACAGGCCACCUGAGGUGAUGUAUGAAGCAGAUAAAGGUACCCUGUGGACACUGUUGCUAACUAAUCUGGAUGGACACCUGCGAGACACUGCCUCUGAGUACAUCCACUGGUUGGUGACAAACAUUCCAGGCAACGAUGUUGGGGCGGGGAAGGAGAUUUGUCAUUACUUCCCUCCGUUCCCUGCCAAGGGAACAGGGUACCACCGUUUUACCUUCCUCCUCUUCAAGCAGGACCACUUGAUCGAUUUCAGUGAGGAUGUUAGACCGACACCAUGCCACAGUCUCAAGAUGAGAACCUUCAAGACCUUUGACUUCUAUAGGAAGCAUGAGAAGGACAUGACUCCAGCUGGGCUGGUAUUUUUCCAGUGCCAGUGGGAUGACUCUGUUACUCAUGUCUUUCACCAGCUUCUUGACAUGAAGGAGCCGGUGUUUGAUUUUGUGCGUCCCCCUGUGUAUCACCCUCCUCAGAAGAAGUUUCCACACCUGCAGCCUCUAAGGUACCUAGACAGGUAUCGGGAUAGCGAUGAGCCCACAUAUGGCAUUUACUGAGGUGCCUGCUAGCAGGCACACCUCCCGGGACGCAAGCUGUUGGGACAGAGAUAGUCGGAUGCACCUGGAGAACUUAAACAGCUCUGCUGCCUGGAAUGGCCUGAGUCUCUAAGGGAGGAUGGUGUGCUUCAGAGUCCACUGGGGUCCAAUUUCCAACUCGCUGACAGCUCCAGAAAGUGUAGACGUGAGAGUUGUAUAUAUUUGUGCCAUUGGCACUUGCAUGGCUGAAAGCCUUGUCAAUAAGGUGUAUUUAUUGUCCUGGGAGCCUUUCCAUUCCCAUGGCAAAGUUUUUUAAUGUGGAGCCUCAAGCCAAGCCAGCUGGUAGCAGGAGCUCAGUGGCCAGAAUUCUGCUGAUACCAGCGUGACUGCAGGUGGACCAAGCCUGGCUCUGUUUGAUCAGCCAGUUCAGAUCAGGUAUCUGCAAUAAUAGAAACUUACCAUCUGAAUCAGACCCCAGUGCAGCCUGGCAGUGGGUGAGUUGUCCCAGCCUGUGGGCCCACUUUCAUCCCUCCCCAGCCUCUUCCCCAGUGCUGGGAUACUGGUGUGGUUCGUUGCUAUUUUGUACUGAUAAAAAUCAGAAUAAAGACCUUUUCCUCGCA